GGACGGAAGGAAAAAGUAAUUAGAGAGAAGAGAUCUGAAAUGGGAAAUGAGACGAAGACCAACGGCGGUGCGGCGAGUAUGGGCGGAGGCGGAGGAUUCAGAGCGAAAAUGGAACAUUACGUUUACAGCGGUGAGAAGAAGCACGUCAUGGUAGGGAUCGGAAUCGUCACUCUCAUCUUCGGAGUUCCUUGGUAUUUGAUGACUCAAGGGUCAAAGCAUCAGUCUCACCAAGAUUACAUGGACAAGGCUGAUAAAGCUCGAAAAGCACGUCUUUCUUCGUCUCCUUCAUCUAACAAGUAGUCUGUCUUAAGGGUCGAGUCACAAUUCUACACAAGUUAAGAACUCAGUCAAAGUCUUGAGGUUUUGUGGUUUAGAUACCAAGCCAUUCUCAUUUUCAUGAAUGUUUGAGGUACCAUGUUUGGUUAUCACAUUUGGAUUCUAAUAAGAAGAUCAAAGAUUGUAUCA